GAAAAGAGUAAUAGAUAGAGGCAUGGUCAUCAUGUCAAUAUUUCAUUUUCUCUUUUCCAGUAGGUUUUUGCCUUGGGAUUUCAAUUUUGUCCAUGUUUUUUCAGUCACUGCCUGCUACAGAGGUGCUCAGUGAGCCAUGUGAGGUAGGGGAGGCCUUUAGAACGUCAUGGAUCUCCUGGCUUGGUGUGCAGCUUCCUCUGCCCCUGCUCAGGAGCCUGUAAAUGGCAAAUUCUCAUUUAUUUGUUCUUUCUGGGCUGGAAAAACCUAAUGGUUAUUCCAGUCCUGAGGCAGAUGCAGGAGGAGCUGAGCAGACCUGAGUCAGACACGUGGUGCUCUGGAGAGUGCUGCCAGUGGUCGUGGUCACCACGCUGUGGAUCAGGCACAGCUGGGAGCUGUGAUCCCCACCGGAGAAUUGUCAAAACCCAUCAGUAAACGACCUGCUGACUGUUUUUCUCCCAGGGCUGCAUGCUCUUAAGUAUGUGAUAAACCCUUCUUGAGAAAACAUAUCUCCAAACCUCUGCCUCAUGACCAGAGAUGUCUCUGAGAACAUGCAGUGCUUUCUCUAGAAAUUUCUCAAGACAUUCUCUGACUGGGUUUCUAAAACAGAUGCUGUUGUCUAAAAUUAAGGGUAGGUAGAGACUUCCUCCACCCUUUGCAACUGUUUUGACAGGGUAUUAUUUUCCUCUUGAGCAUUUUUUUCCUAUGACUGUGUUUUCACUGCUUAUUUUUUCCCUCUUAAAUACUUGUCAUAGGAGCAACCAAUUUGAAUGCUUGAAUUUACAGACUUUGCUAAUGUACUAAUGAGAUGGAGAAGCAAAGGGGCUGUAGAAAUAAAAAGUGCUGCUAUUUUUUUUUUUUUUUUUUUUUUUGAGCAAGUGGUUAUGAUGUGUUAGGAACAAGGAAAUGCUGGGAAUAUACUCUAAACAAUUAGUUGGACACAAAGAGCAGUUCAGGUGUGUCUUGGACAAUACACUGAGUUUCUCAUAGAUGUUUUAUAAACAGGAGGAAUUUAUUGCAUGAUGUAAUGAUGGUCUGGCUGCAUGGGAGUAAAGAAAUGUGCUGCUUUUUCCUCAUGUCAGUAACAGCAGAAUAAAGACCUGUGGGCCAAAAAAGUUGACCAGCACUAAUGUGAGUUAGGGGAAUCAGUUUUCCACACCUUUAUACCCAUUUGUUUUCCACCACCAACCCCUUUUUGAGGAACCUUAUCCCUUCUGUGGCUGGAAGAGGACGUGAAGCCAGUAUGCAAACCUUUUUCAGAGUCCUGGACAUGCCCUUUGUCCUGUGUGCUACUGCAUCUCACUCUCUAAGACCCUUCCAGGUGUCCUUUGGGGCUUUUGUGAGUUGUGAGUGUGGAGAAUGAAAUGCAAGAAAUCAACCUGUUGAAUCAGUUGCACUGUUUACUUUUCCAGAUUGAUUCUCAAAAGCUGUGACAGUGUUACAGAGGAGAUUUGUGCUGCUUCCCAUCAUUGCUGAGCUGUGUGUGUUUGUUGCUUCUUCAUAGGCAUGUGUAGUUGUAUAAAUUCUGAUUUAUUUUUGUUGUGUUCCUCACAAAGUUCUUAGUCAUUUUAUAGGUGUAAUCCUAUCCUAAAGGAUGAGGACAUCCAUCAGGCCCACUCCAGGGCUGGAAGGAGUGUAGGCCUGGAGAACUUCAAAGAAGGGAAUCUAAUCUUUGCAAUGAAAUGGUGUCUGCAUCAGCUGUUUCUUUUUCUCAAAAUAAACAAAAAAACAAACGAAAAAACCCCAACAAAAAAGAGUGCUGGAGAUUCUGCAUCCUAGAUAACCUGUUUCAGUGUAUCCCCAUUUUGACACUAUGUAUAUUCAUUUUUUUAUAUUCAGGCUAAAUCUUGUUUGCCAUUUAAACUGAUGUGGCAGAAGAGUUGAGCACUUUCCCCCUUUCUUGUGACUUUUAAUGUAUGCAGGCUGUUCUGUUCCUUUGGUGUUAUCUUUUGAAGACUAAACACAUCCAGGUCUUUCAGUCAUUUUUCCAGGUCGUGCUCUCUACACUCUAGUUUUUUUUUCUUUCCACUGCAGUGUCUCAGAUUUUUGCAUAUGUUUUAUGAGGAAGAGUAUGUGGGGCUGGAUGUGGUCUGUUGGCUAGUCUCACCUGUGACACCUACAGUGGCACUACUGCUGUGUCCCAGGAUGACAUUUACCCUUUUUGUAGCAACAUAAUCCUGCUGGCUUGUAAUUAAAUUCACAAUCAGUGUGUGCUUUUACUUUGUGGCAUGUGGGAAAUACUGUUCUCUCAUUUCCAUUUGAUUCCACACCCUUAGUGUGCUGGUUUGUAAUGAUCUUCUACUGAGGUUGCUUUGGUAGUGGGUUAUAGUUAGGUGUGGGGUUCCUGCAGCCAGAUCAAAACACUGCAGUAAGAUGCUCCAAAACCCUGAGCUGCUUUGAACUUGCUGUGUUGAGGGAUUUUAUUUUUUUGUUGUAAGAAAAAAGUGAUAGCAGUAGUGGUCCUUGCUCAACCAGCCAAGCCAGUGCCUUCAGUGAUUCCUUCUUGCAUCCCUGCUCCUGAAAUCCGUGGUCACUGUGCUUGGAGAUUGGUCUUCUCCUUCAGAGAAGCCGUGGGACCCUGUCCCUUAAUUUCUUUUUGAUGCUUUUGAUUGCAGCUUGGCCUUCCUCCUGCGGUGUUUUUGUACAGGGACUGAAAUUGGCAAAGGGCCAUGAGUUUAGAAAAGUAGAUUUUCCUGCUCGUUUGUUCUGAUGCUGCUCACUGGUGGAGUCUGGUGUGAGUGUGGAGAGGUGAUGCUUCAUGAAGGAGGGGGGGACAAGGGGCAACACUGCCCUUUUCAUCCACAGCCUUAGAUUGGCUCCAACACCCUGAAUUAUGUCUUGAGAUUUUCAGGUCCCUUUCUAUCUGGCUGUUACUUAAUGCUUUGAUAUCUUUAUCAAUUUCUUAUCUUAUAGGUAACUACAAACUGAUCAUUUAAUUUGAUCAAGAGUCCUUCAGAGGAUUGAAGUUACUGGUGUGUAACUUCUCCCACCUUAUUUUUUUCCUUUUGUAAAGGUAGGUGAGGCAUGAUGCUUCUCCAGCCUUCCUGUGACCUCCCCAUACUCCUGUAAAUUUUCAAACAUGGUCACUGAUGCUUCAGAGAUUAGACUGGUUUCUUAUAUGCUUUCAGCAUGCAGAUGAAUGCUGUUAUUACCUCUCAAGAGCUGUUUUGUGAACAUUUGUUAGGUCUAUCUUUUUCUAACCCACCAUUUUCUCCCAUUUCCAAAUUAAUUUUGCUUGUCACAUUUCACUUUUUCUUCUGGAGAUUGAAGGAACAUUUGUAUCUCAGCCUUUACAUCAUUUGCCUUCCUUCCCUCUUUGUCAAUGAGUGUAAUUAUCUUUAUUUUUCUCUUCUAACGUGCCCUCUUCUCCAGUUCUCUUGUGACUGCAGAGCUCUUACUAACAGCUGUGCUGAUUUUGACUAAGAGACCAUCUACUCUUCUACUAAAGGAUAAAAACAGGACAAGUAGAUGUGGUAUUUUUCAAGUACAUUUCAUUCUCCAGCUCUCUCAUAUCAGGGAAUUUCCUGAGUCUAAUGUGAGCUGUUUAGCCAUUAACAAUCAAUAGAUUUGUCUUUCUAGUACUUGUCCUGUCUUUGGAUGAGUGCAUGUGAAAUUUUUCAUCAUUUUAGGAGAAGUACUACUGCACAAGUUACGUGCUGAUGAAGGGUCAUGUUUGUUUGUUUGUUUUGGAGCUGACCCUCACUGGCUCCAUGUGGAUGGAUGUCACCACUUGUGUCUGAUGAGGUGGUGAAUAAUCUACCCUGUUUCCCAUCUUUUCACCACCCAUGAGUUUACACACCUCUGUUAUGUUGCCUGUCUUGCAUCCUAAUUUGUUACAGGGGUGCUGUUCCAUGGCAAAGAGAAGCCUUACCUGGUAGCAUCUCUGGUCAAUACCUUUUCCUGGAGCCUUGGAACACUGAAGGGCAAGAACAAGGGUACUUGGAGUUCUUGUCCAGCCCAUCUGAAGGAAAAUAGUGAAAGCUUGAUGCUUUCCCAAGAUGUCUCAUUUCGUACACCCAUUGAUAAAGAGCCUCUUCAUCCUUUAGUGCUGUGUUGAAAUCAAGAAGAGUUUCAGGUGUUCCUCAUGGGUAUUCAUACCUGUGCUAAGACACUGAAGGGAGGGCUUGGUGUGGCCAAGGCUUUUCCUCUGGGAUAGUGGAACAGAGGGUUGAGCAUGUUUUCAGGACUGCUUUCCCCUUCUCUUUUCAGAGAUUGGCCAGCCCGGCUGAGACCGCUUAGCAAUGACAAAACAAAAACUGCUGCUUGAUGGGACGCUCUCCUUGUUCCUGAUUGCGGCCUGUGAAGCUCAGCAGCUCCCCAGGAGUCAUGGUGCUGCUGGCUCUGGCUCUGUGUGUGACAAGGAGGCAGAGUCCUGGGGACACCUGUUCAGCAGCGAGCGGCUGGAUGCUUGGAUCUGUUCCCUCAUCGGCUCCUUCAUGGUGGGGCUGAGCGGGGUCUUCCCCUUGCUGGUGAUCCCCCUGGAGACGGGAGCUGCGCUGCGGUCAGAGGCUGGGUCACACCGUUUGAAGCAGUUGUUGAGUUUUGCAAUUGGUGGACUGCUGGGAAAUGUUUUUCUCCACCUGCUUCCUGAAGCCUGGGCCUACACAUGCAGUGCAACAACAGGAGAAGGGCAGAGCUUUCAGCAGCAGAAGCUUCUGGGUCUCUGGGUGAUCAUUGGUUUCCUGACCUUCCUGGUGCUAGAGAAAAUCUUCCUAGAGAAAGAGGAGGAGUAUCCUGGUGUGGACUGUGAUUCCAAAGCACCAUCUGGAAAGAUUCCCAAUGGAAGUGGCUGCCCCCUGCCAAAGGGGUCCUCUCAAUCCCAAAGAGCACGAGCUCAGUGUAAUGGCUCCUCUCUCCAGCCUGGUCCAAAAAACAACAGAAUCAAGAUUAGUGGAUACCUCAAUCUGCUGGCCAACACCAUUGAUAACUUCACACAUGGCCUGGCAGUAGCAGCCAGCUUCCUGGUUAGCAGAAAGGUUGGGUUCCUAACCACAAUGGCCAUUCUCCUGCAUGAAAUCCCACACGAGGUUGGAGACUUUGCAAUCCUACUUCGAGCUGGCUUUGACCGCUGGAGUGCAGCCAAGAUGCAGCUUUCCACAGCUCUGGGGGGAAUUCUUGGAGCCUGCUUUGCAAUAUGUGCUCAGUCACCAAAAGGAGCAGGAGAAACAGUAGCCUGGAUCCUCCCUUUCACUUCUGGAGGAUUUCUGUACAUUGCCUUGGUAAAUGUUGUGCCUGAUCUCCUGGAGGAAAAGAACCCUUGGAAUUCCCUGCAGCAAAUUCUGCUCCUGUGCACGGGCAUUACAGUCAUGGUGCUACUCGCGCUCACAACGGAGUGAGCUCUGCGCAGACCUCAUGAUGCUCCCAGAGCCGCCACAUGGCUCUGAGCUUUACAAAGCAAUAAGGAACACUAAUGUUACUUCCUACGUGUGUGUGCGCAGAUCUGGCUGCUAGUAUGAGAAGCAGGUGAGAGAGAGGUCUGGCUGUGCAAGACUUCAUUCCCUGGCUCUCCUAUCCCUGUUCUGCUAAAAUCCACACGAGGGCUUCUGUUCUUUUUUCUUUUUUUUUUUUUUUUUUUUUUUUUCGUUGUUUUUUAUGAAGCAAAAGAUACACUGGGCAGAAACGAACUGAACAACUGCUCCACUAUGAAAGAAGGAUGUUUUAUUCGGUUCAGUCCGAUGGAACUGCACCUCCCAAGCUCUUGCAUGAAAACAACAGAGGUGAUUCCUGUAGCUGAUGAAGAUAAAGGAUUUUUCCUACCACUUUAAGGGCUGGAGGCAGAACAGGCAUGAUAAAACAACAAUAAACAGCUUUAGCCAGAGCCCCCUACCCAUGAGAUGUUGAUGGUGCUAUGAGAUAGAGGGGAAGAGACCCUUUCCAACUUGAUAUCCAGCUGUUCAUUAACACCACUUGUUCCUAAAGAUAGUAUUGGCCUCAGCAAUCCAGCUCUUUUGGUCUAUUUUGUUUACAGUGAAAUUGAGCCAAAAGCUUGAGGCACUUUUGGGUAGGUCACUACAAUUGAAUGGCUCAGCUUAGAGGUUACUUGUCCAGCCCUAACCACACCAGUAGCCAGCACAGCCCAACUGUUUAUGUGAUAAAUGAUCAGUAAAUAUUUCUUCAAUUGCCAACUACCAGCUCACUCACAUCUGGAGGGAAAGCCAUGUAGCUGUUGUGACUGAGGUCCGUCUCCUCAUAACCAUUAGCUGAACACUCUUCUGAGCCUGCUCAUGAGACCUGAUUCAUGCACCAUCUGCCCCACACCGUGUUUCAGAGCUUUCUUGAGGUGUAGCAUGUUAGAGCUGCCCAGCAUGCUACAGCAACCCUAGACUGUCAUGACAGAGGUGCUUUAACACUACAGCCUGGUCAGCAACUGAUAACUCCUGGUUAGUUUUUCCUCUGUACAGUGUAGACUAUUUAAGAGCAUACUGUAGAUGGUAGCCUAUUUCUGGAGUUCUUACCUCACAGUGGAGUUCAUCUGUUGAGGAUGAAUGAAUAAGAAAUAAUACUGACAGCUUUUAGAUGGGAAGGUUGAAACUGCUGGUGAAAAUAUUUUUAUGUAAGGUGAGAAAGGGAUAGGAAAGGGUGACAGUAAGUAUGCUUUAAGAGGAGUUUUCUGUUAUGUGAUGCUUGGGAUAAAAUUUUUGGCAUUUUGAGACCAAUAAAAAUAAAUAAAAUUUCUAGGGCUUUCCUCCAUCCCAGCUCACAGGGCUGACCAGGCCAUAAUUCCACAGGGAUGUUCAAUUGCCACAGAGAUGUGCACAAUUACUAGAUCCUCCCUUCUGUAGAACUUAACUUUGCUUUGCUUAAAUUUGUUUAAAAACAGGUCUAAUUGAACUAGCAGAGUCACUGAACACAAAACAGGUGCCACAGUGUGAUUUACACCAACUUAGCUCAGUUUUUAACAGCUUUUGUGGAGCAGUACAGCUCUCCAGUCUGCCCAGGGCCUUACCAAGAGGGCUCGUGCCUUGAGAGGGCAAUUUGGGUCAGAGCAGCAAGGCAGGUAGGCUGCCCACAGCAGAGGCAUUACUUCCCUAAGAGAUUCCUGAACUGUUGACACAGUUCUUUUUUAUGACAGCUCCUGUCCUACUUUUCAGUGAGUGCUGGAGAGCUCAUGCUUGCAGUUCUGUCUGCCCAGGAGCUGCUGUCUGAAUUUUUUUCAGCUUUCCUUUCCCUGGACUUAUAUCAGUAACUAGUUUCACUGCAACAAGGAGGGAGGCAUAGUGCAAUUGUUUAUUCCUCUUUACAAAAUUACCUUCCUGUGCCAAGUACUCUCCAUCAUUCAAUUGCCAUGAGGUCUGAGGAUAGCAUCCACUUCCUUUUUUCCUGGAAGGAUGAUUAAACCCGUUAGCCUGCAGGGACUGGGGGAGCAUGCCAAUCCUCUGGUUCUCGCUUUGGGGGUUCCUCCUGCCCAGGGACUGCAGCUAAGCAGACCAUGUAACAGGGCUCUGGAGGAAGCAGGCUUGCACAGAAAGUUGUGCCUGCUGUUUCUCAAGAUGUCUUUCCCAAAAUAAGGCUGGCAUUUAAGUUGAGGCAUUGCCAGGUGAGUGCCCAUGAGUUGGCGUUGUUGCAUCAGCACCGAGCCUUGCCAAGACUGAAAACCACAGUCAGGAUUUUAUACUCAGCGUUCAGGAAUGUGAAGUGGAUGACACUGAAGAAAGAAUUUCUGAGCUGUUUUUCUUGGCUGCUAUCACAGGCAUGGAUAGUCUGUGGUUCUUGGGAAGAUACCCUGGUAGGAGGUAGCAUGGGGCUUGUGGGAGGGAGGGGUUCGAUAGAUUUCUACUGUGUCAGCCCUGGGGCUGAGGACUGAGAGCCUUGGGAGGAAAUGGAGCAUCACUCCACCACAUUUGUCACUUUUGGAAAUGCAGAGAGAAUUGUAUUUUCUAGCUCUAUUUUUUCAGCUGCUCUUAUGCAUUUUCCCCCUUCAUCUGUAUUGGUCUGCUCUGCAUGGAGACAAUAGAGAUGAAAUAAAUGGUUUUCCAUGUCA